AAUGUGACAUCAUCGUGAACAUAAAAACGAAGACCCUUCGGCGUUUUGAAAAAUGUAUAUAAAGGCUUCAACCUGGACACUGAGGAAGACAACAAGAUUCAGCUUAAUCCCAGCUUCUGAACACAUCUAACAUCUACCAUCAUCUGCUGCAACGCAAUGGAUCCCAACAAUAAACCCAAGGGCCCCUCUCCCCACUACUCGCUCUACCAACGCGAGAUAUUCAAGAGGGGAGGUACUACCGGAGAAUUUCCUAGCUUCUCCGUCCAUCCUGAGGAAUUGCAGGAGUCGACGAAGAAGAAGCUCAAUGACCGUGGAUAUUUCUAUGCAAACUCGAACGCAGGCUUGGGUUGGACGGACAGAGCCAAUCGGGAGGCUUUCUACAAAUGGCGCAUUGUCCCUCGUGCUCUCGUCGACACCAACGUCAGAGAUAUGACCACUACUUUGUUCGGUCAUCGUAUUCCUGCUCCUAUUAUGUUUGCACCUAUCGGCAUCAACAAGCUCUACACGACACUUGGCGAACUUGUGCCCGCUAAGAUAGCCGGUGAACUUGGCAUUCCUUAUUGUCUCUCGACUGCUGCUUCCCAACCUAUCGAAGCAGUCGCCGAAGCCAACGAGAAGGGCGCCUCCGUGCACAACGAGAGUAACAGUGUUCAUGAGUACGACGGACCUAACGGGGGUAAUGCCACGAGCCCCCGUUUCUUCCAGCUUUAUAUGGGUCACGAUGAUGACAUUACCUUGUCGUUGCUCAAUCGUGCCUGGAAGAGCGGAUUCGAUGUCCUCAUGCUUACCACCGAUACUUGGCAGCUGGGAUGGAGGCCCACCGAUAUGAGCAUCGCCAACUACGUGUUCUACUAUCCCAACCCCGUCGGUAACGAGGUUGGCUCUUCCGACCCGGUGUUUAUGAAGAAACACUCCAGAGAGCUAGCUGAAGACACUGGGAAGUGGAUUGACAGCUGCGUCUGGCACGGCAAAGCUCAUACCUGGGACAAGAUCAAGUGGCUCAUAGGUGAAUGGCACAAGAUCUCCGGAGGGAGACCUUUCGUAAUUAAAGGCAUUCAAUGCGAGGCCGAUGCCUUAAAGGCCCUCGAAGUUAGCUGUGAAGGCAUUGUUGUCACUAACCAUGCCGGCCGCCAAGUCGACGGUGCAGUGGCAAGUCUUGAAGUUUUGCCUGAGAUCGUCCAAGCUGUUGGAGAUAAGAUGACCAUCUUGUAUGACUCUGGUGUUCGCACUGGAUCGGAUGUCUUCAAAGCCUUGGCUCUUGGUGCCCAUGCUGUCAUGGUUGGUCGCUUGUACGUCUGGGGUAUGUCUCAUGAGGGUGAGUCGGGUUGUCGUCACGUCAUGAAGAGCUUGCUCGCGGACCUGGAUAUCACGAUGACGGUGGGCGGAUAUCCUUCUAUCGAGAAGGAUGUCCGCGGAAACAAGGAAGCCUUGAGAUACAAUCCGCACGGAGUACCUCCUCGCGGAGAGUAUGCCCGCCUUUGAUCCAUAGAUAUGCACUGUGUUUUUCAUACAACGAGUCUGUAUUAGCGUAAUGUCACAAUUCCACCAUUCAGUUCCAUAUAACGAGCCUGUCGGAGCAUCACAAUCAUAGCUACGGGGUACUGUACAUUGGCAUUCAGUUUGACUUCUCACAUGUCCAGAAAUUUACUCACUUAACAAUGAACCAAUGGGUAUCGUGCCUACAAGCUAGCCUUUGACUUGUCACCUUCUAUGAUAGCCCUCACGACGGGGGCAGUAACCUUCCUGGUUGCGUCUACGUUCUUCUGGUUCCAAACCCUGGAAUCUACGUCAGAGGAAAAGCGUUCAGCCUUCUUCACCCCAAACCGGACUUUGAAGUCUUUUCUCUUCAAUUUCAGCUCCUUAUUCUCCUCCAACCCCUUAAACAACUUCUUUGCCAGAUCCUCGAUCUCUCCCUUU